AUGGCCGAACCUCAGUCCUACUCCAAGGAGAUGUCCGAGAAGGGUGUUGGUCCCCUCGAGGAGAACCCUGUCGAGCUAUCGCCUCUCGAAAAGACGACCAAGGGUCGCUGGGAACGUAGCUGGCCCACUAUUGCCUGUGGUGCCGGUCUCUUUUCUGAUGGCUACUUGAACCAGGUCAUUGGUCCUGUCGGUACCAUGCUGACACAGAUCUACGGAGAUGCAUACACCAACUCGACAGCCCAACAGAAUGUGUCUUCGAUUGUUUUUGCCGGCACCGUGGUCGGUAUGUUGAUAUUCGGAUACACUAGUGAUCACUGGUCACCCCUCGGUGCUGGAUCCUACGGAGCUGGCGGCAGCCUGGGUGGUAUGCUUGCUGCUUUGACGGCUUACCGUUUCUUCCUGGGAAUUGGCAUUGGUGGAGAAUACCCUGCUGGGUCAGUCGGCGCCGCCGAGAAUACUGGAGAGCUCAAGAGCGGUCAUCGCAAUCGCUGGUUUAUCAUGUUCACCAACUUCCAGAUCGAUUUCGGUUUCGUGGUUGCUGCUUUAGUGUCCAUGAUUCUCGUCUUGAUCUUCACCGAGGAUCACCUGCACGCUUGCUGGCGUGUGGCUCUGGGGCUGGGAAUGGAUGAGCCUGAGGAGUUCAACCGGGAGCGCAUGCACAAGUUCCCGAUCUUGCUAAUUAUCAAAUUCUACUGGAAGCGCUUGGCUGUUGUUUCUAUCAUCUGGUUCCUUUACGACUUCUCCGCCUAUAGUUUCGGUAUCUAUUCUUCGGCCUGGCUAAAUAUCAUCCUAGGUGACACGGCUCCCUUGUGGAAGAGCUUUGGCUGGACUACCGUAGUCAAUUCUUUCUACAUUCCAGGUUCUGCCCUUGGAGCCUUCAUGAGUGACUGGAUUGGCCCUCGUUACACCCUUGCCAUUGGCGUUGGACUCCAGGGUGUCAUCGGGUUCAUCAUGGCCGGAUGCUACAAGUGGCUUGCCACCUCAGAGAAUGUGGCAGCCUUUGUCGUCGUGUUCGGAAUCUUCUCUGCUCUCGGUGAAAUGGGACCGGGCGAUAAUAUCGGUCUCUGCGCCGCCAAGACCAGCGCUACUGCUAUCCGUGGUCAAUACUACUCAUAUGCUGCCGCUAUCGGGAAGAUCGGAGCUUUCGUGGGCACCUACGUGAUUCCAGUCAUCCAAAAGAAUGCACCCAACCCGAUCCGCGCAGGCCAGGACCCAUUCUUCGUUUCCAGCUCACUGUGCAUCUUGGCCGCAUUCAUGGCUAUUUUCAUGAUGCCGCAAAUCGACCAGGACACCAUUACCCUCGAGGAUGCCAGGUUCCGCGACUACCUCGAGGCUAACGGUUACGAUACCACACAAAUGGGCAGCAAUAACUACCAGAGCGACACUCGCGACCAAGAGUAA